AUGUUGCUUGGUCAUAUUAAGGCUGGUGUGGAUGUUGCAGCUGCAUUAUCACAUUAUUGGUGUGAUCUUAAAGAUAAAGUUACAGGAUUGGCGCUUGUGCAGAGUCCUUAUGGUGGAACCCCAAUUGCAUCUGACAUCAUGCGUGAAAGCCAAAUUGCUGAUAAAGAAACUAGAAGAAUCAUGGAGCUCAUAGUCUGCAGGAUCAUCAAGGGGGGACAUAAAGUCUCUUCAGGAUCUAACAUACUAGAAAAAGAAAAUUCUUGGAUCUACUAUAUAGUUUUCUUGAUGGUGUUAUCGAUGGUGCAAAAUAUGAAGAUGAAUGUCGGACAGUUCUUGGCACGUGGUCGUUUCCCGUCUUCACAUUAG